AUGAAUUUUACAUUUGGUGCUGAUUCUUCCAAGAAGAAAGUCUCUCUGAGAGGAAACGUAAAGAGUUUAACGAGAGAAGAAUUGUUAGAAAAUGCUCGGAGGGAAAGAGAGUUAUCAAAACAAAAUAAAGUCCAAGAACAAGCCGCAAAAUCUAUCGGAAAGCUUGCUCGGAAAUACAUGAUCAAAUUGAAAGAGAAAAAUCACCAGCGAGAAUUGUUUGACGAAACGGCAAUUGCAAAGGAAAAAUCCUCCAAUGUCGUGCUCUCCAUGAUGAACAAGUUGUUAUAUUUUUAUAACAUUCAUGAAGAGAAAGAUGAAAAUAGGUUAUUGGUUUGCUUAAACUUUUUAUUGCGGCUGUGGAGGACUCAUCCCAUUUCCAUUAAUGAGCAUUUACAGAUGUUAGAAUAUAACAAACUCACAUCUCUAAUUGUACAAUAUUUGAAUAGCAUCAAAGAUGACGACUUUAACUUGACAACUAACAAGAGAUUAAUACUCGCGUCUCAGGCCUUAAUAACCACUCUUGAUUGUAAAUAUUAUUCCAAAGUCAUGUACAGUACAUUACUGAAAAAACAAAUCAAUGCUAGACACUUAAUUACACUGUUGAACAGAAUGAUGACCCACUCUCAGGAAAAAACGCAACAAUAUGCAGCCAAUUUAUUUUCCACCGUUAUGAAUGGCAUCAAGGAUGAUUCUACUACGAUUGCAAAUCUUGUGUUGGAACUAUUUUCUUAUCCAAUGGUAUUUUCCUCUCUAUCAGAGGCAAGUGUUGCUCUUAUUGAUGCUCAAACGGUAUUGUGUGGAAUAGGAAAUGAAGUAGCAAGUCAUUUCUCUCAUGAUAAUAAGAGAAAGUUAUUUUUCUGCGGAAAUUUAAUUGAGUUUAUGAACAAGCGAUUGAAAACUUCGUUGAGCUUCGAAAUUUUGAUACAAUAUCUUGGAAUUGUUGCAUCUCUAUUGCCAGACGUGGAUUUUGAUCUGAUAGCCAUGGAUGACAAUUCAUCAGCUAUGAUGACCGACGACAAGAGCAUUGAAGAGAUCCCUUUAGGUGUGAAACAACAAGUCCAAUUAAUUUUCAAAAAGAACCAUCUCAAAAAAUUGAUCGAAACCAUUGUAAACUCUGAAUUGACCUUGAGGAAUACGACCUUUAAAGAUUUUGCCAAGUUGUUCCUGUACUUGAUGCACGAAGAAAGCAAACAUACAACACUCAUUCUUGGGCUGCUAUCGUAUUGCACUGAUAAUUAUAGCUUGCUCACCUCCAUGUGGAACUUGAUUAAGGAUGAUCUGUUGGACAAUGUGGAAAUAUUAGCGCUCUUCUGUAAGGUGUAUGACAAUGUUCUAUCAUUUAUCGAUGAUGAAGAAUUCAAAACAAAACCAUUCAGUUAUGAGGAAAAUAUUAACAUUUCUGGAGCCUUGAAGCCUAUUGCAUUUGAAUUGGUAUGGACAUCCUCAAAGUCAUCACUCAAGGAAGACGUUUGUAAUGUACUCACCAAAAUUCAUAAUAGAGAUGUAAGGCUCAAAUUUUGUCCGUUCAAUCACUUUGUCGUUGAUGAAGCCUCCUCUAUUGAUAUUACUAAAAUUGCAGAAUUUAUGUAUCAAGGAAAUGACAUGACAGACGAAGAAGAGCAAAGAAGAGACCCCUAUGAAUAUGUUCCAAUACGAUUGCAACGAGUACAGGCUCUCAAAGAAGCUCUAUCACACAAGUCAUCUUUUAGAGAGACGCAAGCUUUCAACAAAACUCGAGAAUUAAUUGCUAAACUGCCGUUCAUGGUCCCGAUACACGUGCGCAUCAGAAUUUUCAAAGAAAUUCUUACACUCGACAAGGACUAUAGCCAACAACUACAGCACUUUAUCGAACCAAUAGAAAUCCACAGAGAUCGAAUAUUUGAGGACUCAUAUUCAAAGCUUUAUCCCUUGUCAGCAUUACAACUAAAAGGAAGAAUUCGAGUUCAAUUUAGUGGAGAGGCUGGUAUUGGAGAGGGUGUUAUGAGAGAAUUUAUCUUUGAAUUGUGUAAAUUGGCGUACAGCACAUCAUACGGUUUGUUCAAAUCGACAGACGACGGUCAUUUAUAUCCAAAUCCAUAUUCAAGCUUGAUUUAUCCUGAAGGUCAAGAUUUGCACUUUUAUACAUUUUUAGGAAAGAUAUUAGGCAAGGCUGUUUACGAUGGUAUUAUGAUUGAUUUACCAUUGGCCAAGUUCUUCAUUUCCAAACUAAUGAAAGGGUCAAAUUCUGAUCUGAUCAAUGAUUUAUACAGUUAUGACAAGGAGUUGUAUAAGAAUUUACUCUAUCUCAAAAACAAUAGCAAUUUAGGAGAUUUAGGAUUGAACUUUACGGUUGUUGAAGGCGAUGAAAUGUCAGCAAAGCGAGUCAUACCACUCAUUCCCAAUGGCGAAAAUAUUGAAGUCAAUGAGAAGAACAAGUAUUCUUUCAUAUAUCGAAUGGCCCAUUACAAGCUCAAUCAACAAAUCAAAAGUCAAUCGGAAGCAUUCAUGAAGGGCCUUAAUGAUAUUAUUCCUGCCUCCUGGCUUGCAUUAUUUGAUGAAAAUGAACUUAUUGACAUUAUUUCCGGAUCAGAUGCUCCUGUUGAUAUUGAUGACAUGUAUGCCAACACAGAGUACGGACCUGGAUAUGAUCAGGAACAUCCAACCAUUCAAUUAUUUUGGGAUGUUGUUUUCAAUGAUUUGACACCUCAACAACAUGUGUUGCUUUUAAAAUUUAUUUCAUCCAUUUCGAGACCUCCACUUUUAGGAUUUAAGGAUUUACAUCCUAAAAUUUGUAUUCACAAAGUUUCUGACACAUCUCGACUACCCACCAGCUCCACCUGCUACUCUUUGUUAAAACUUCCUGCCUACACCUCGAGAAAACAAAUGAAAGAGAAACUGAUUCAGGCGAUUGAGCAAGGAACUCAAACCUUCGGUCUCACUUAG